GCGGGAACGAGUUACAGGGGGCGCGGCGGUGCAGCUGAGUGGGCUGCGGAGAGAGGCGGAGCCAGGCAUAGCCAGCCGCGCGAAGGGUCCGAUGAGAGCCGUCCAAACCCGCCCCCCUCCUCGCGUCAUCGCAGCGCGGGAAAGAGAGACUGAAACGGCGCUUUUGUUGAGUAGAACUGGAAAAGAGGUCGUGACUCGGGAGCUGCACAGGCUGGCGCCGCUGACAGCCCCCGGAAAGCGGACGGCUGCGCGCUGCAGCCCCUUUCUCGUGUAACAACUCCCUCUUGCCUGGUAUCCCUUCCAGUUCGCGACCGGGCGGUGGUGAAGAAAUACUUAAAGAGUGGCAUGAGCCACGCUUAAAACCUCAACUCGGCUUUUAAGGGAAAGGAUGAAGGUAAUCACUUGUGAAAUUGCAUGGCACAAUAAGGAACCAGUGUACAGCUUAGACUUCCAACAUGGAACUGAUGAGAAAAUCAAUAGACUGGCCUCUGCUGGAGUGGACACUACUGUUCGUAUAUGGAAAGUAGAGAAAGGACCAGACGGGAAAGCAAUUGUGGAAUUCUUGUCCAAUCUCGCUCGCCAUACCAAAGCUGUGAAUGUUGUACGUUUUGCUCCAAAUGGUGAGAUUCUAGCGUCUGGAGGAGAUGAUGCUGCAAUUUUGUUGUGGAAAUUGAAUGACAGCAAAGAGCAAGAGCCAACUGCAUUUCAGGAUGAUGAUGAUAACCAGCUGAACAAAGAAAACUGGACAGUAAUUAAAACUUUAAGAGGUCACUUAGAAGAUGUGUAUGAUAUUUGUUGGACACCUGAUGGAAACUACAUGGCAUCUGCAUCAGUUGAUAACACGGCUAUAAUGUGGGAUGUCAACAAAGGACAAAAGGUUUCCAUUUUUAAUGAACACAAAAGUUACGUGCAAGGAGUAACAUGGGACCCUAUAGGACAGUAUAUUGCAACUCUUAGUUGUGAUAGGGUAUUGAGAGUAUAUAAUACACAGACCAAGCGUGUGGCAUUUAAUGUUACCAAAAUGCCAUCAGGAGGAGGAUCUGAAGGAGAGGUGAAAAGUUAUCGAAUGUUUCAUGAUGACAGCAUGAAAUCAUUCUUUCGGAGACUUACUUUUACUCCUGAUGGUUCUUUGCUUCUUGCUCCGGCUGGCUGUGUGGAAUCGGGAGAAAAUGUAACAAACACCACUUAUGUUUUUUCCAGAAAAAACCUAAAAAGGCCUAUUGCUCAUCUACCUUGUCCUGGAAAGGCAACUCUAGCAGUUCGUUGUUGUCCAGUCUACUUUGAGCUGAGAUCUGUACUUAACAAAGAAGAAGCUUCCCAGAAGACUGGCCUAAUAAAUCUGCCCUAUCGAUUGGUUUUUGCUGUUGCUUCAGAAGAUUCUGUCCUUUUCUAUGAUACACAGCAGUCCUUUCCUUUUGGUUAUGUAUCUAAUAUACAUUACCAUACGCUGAGUGACAUUUCAUGGUCAAGUGAUGGAUCUUUCCUCGCUAUUUCUUCUACGGAUGGCUAUUGUUCUUUUGUAACGUUUGAAGAAGAAGAACUAGGAAUACCACUGAAAGAGAAGCCACCUUUAAGUAUCAGAACACCCAACACAGCAGAGAAGAAAAUGAAAAGGGGUCAGUCUCCCAGUGUUGUCUCCCCAGUUCCCAAACCGGUGGAUGGUAGUCCUCCUAAUAGAGCCAUGGAUCCAAGCAGCCCUACUAUGCUCUGCAAGACCCCAGUCAACAGCAAAGACUUGUCUUCAACACCUGUUGCUGUUAGAACCAUUCCAAUGUCUCUCUCAGAAGAGAAGAAACCCAUGCAAAGCUUGAAAGUAAACCAAUCCAGGCGGGUUACACUAAAUACUGUACAAACAUGGAAUAAAACGCCCAGGAGAGUUGCCUUGAUUCCCCUAAAGGCAGAUACUCAGGGCUCAGUACCUUCAAAUCUAGUCUUCCCAGCUUCUUCCAUAGAAACCAUUCAACAUGAGAUGCCCUCUCCACCAGAGGACCCUUUGCAAAAUCCACCAGCACCUAAGCGUCUUAGAACUGAUGAAACUUCCUCUUUGGGGUUAUCUGAAAGUGAAAAUACAGUUUAAAACCACUGAAGUACUACUGAAAUGCAGUGGAUGCUUUUUCCACAGUGCAUCCAGACUUGAGUUUGUCUUAAAUAAUGUAAUUGCCAACAACCAGGAAUCUGAAAUGCAAGUUGCUCCAAAGAAUCAAACCUACAUUGACCGGUCUGCUUUGUGGUGGGGAAGUAGCUAUCUUUUAUCUCCUAGCCCAAGCAUGUGAAGUAAAACAUUUUCUGUACAAUAGGCCACUGAGAGUUUGCAGUUUGAGUGUGAAAAGGCCAAAUUUUAAUUGUCUUAUUUUGGUAACCUUCUGAACAUUGUUUUCUUGAAACUUUUUCCUGGCCAAAAAAGAGUUUCUUUUCAAAUAAUGAAAUCCCACAGAAGUUUGUAAAACUAAUAUAUUAUGUCUCUCAUUCAUAUGGGAAAUCGUUGCCAGGUAUGUACAUACCAUUUAAAUGCAAAUACUGAAAAUCCAAGAUUUUACCUGCACAGUGACAGAGUAGAAAAGUCUUCUAUUGAUAGUUUUUAGAAGCUGAAUUGAAGAAAUGCUUCAGAAGUAAGCUUUCACUGUUAAAUUCUCUUUAUUAUUAAAUGUAGUCUGAGAACAUUAUAAAGUCUGUCAUAGGAUUUCUGUGUGGUACAAUUGUCCCCUGCCUCUCUGUAAAUGUAUGCUUCCAGGUUCUUUAAAAGGGGUUAUAGUACUGUUAAAUAGUAGUCUUAUUUUUGUCACAUGUGAGGAUUUGUUACUCCUAUUUACAAUAUACUAUUACAAUAGAUGCUAUGUAUGGAAUAAAAAAUUAAAUGUU